CGGUGUCUUGCCCGGUGCGGACGUGAAUCUUGAGUUCUUCUACCGGGGUUGGUCUGUCUUCUCCGAGCCUACAUCCUAGGCAGUCAUUGGCCGUCCUGGAAAUCCACCUCUUUCCUCUAUGUGUGUGUGUUUAGUGCAAAGAGAUUAUGAAUGAAGGCAAUAAUAAUGGUGUCCGUUUGCUGAUAGUGUGCUAAGGCAAGCGUGCGCGAUAGGCCAUCGGACCCGCGAGACCCACACAAGAACCUGGAUCCGUGCGCUGGAGGACGCACACGGUGUGUUGUCGGUGGUGCCCGUUGAUAAGGUUCCGCUUCGGUAACGCCCGACGACGUAGAGAUUGAAAGUGAUUUAGUGAGAAAAACACUGAUUGGGAGUGCGCGUGUGUGUGUGUAUGUGUGCUCUCUUGUGUGUAGGUGAUUGUGUGUAAAAACCGGUCGACUAUCUCCGUAUGUUUCCCAAACGGAUUUAAACGCGUUUGUCUUGGCAAGUCUUAACCUUCCAAGACAAGAUACUUCCAAGUGUAAAGUGCACUCCGUUCCGUUUCGGUGUGAUCCAACAAAAUGUCUGUCAAAAGUGAGGUAUUGCAAGGGUUAGUAGUGUACGCGGUGUUACUGCUACUACCCUCGAUCGUACGUGCAGUGGAUCCUCGCGAUCUGUACAGUUACGCGAACGAAGCCAGCGAGGUGUUGCCGCGAGGUGAUGAAGAGUUCCAGUACAUGGAUCUGGACAUGCCAGCUUACUUCUACAACGAAAAAUACGACCGUGUUUACAUCAACACCAACGGCAUCCUGUCGUUCGGUGGCGAGCUGGUCGGCUUCCUCAAUCUACCCUUCCCGCUCGGCAACCCGCUGAUCGCACCGUUCUACGCGAACGUCGACACAACCCUGCCGAACGAUACGGCCACAAUCGUGUACUUUAAGUCGCGCGAUCCCACCCUGCUCCACCGCACGACCGAGCUGGUGCGGGACAACUUUGGCAGUCUACUGGCCCGGACCAGGGGCUUCGAGGCGCUGCAGGUGUUCGUCGCGACCUGGGAGCACGUGGGACACUACAGCAUGAAGAACGAGGUGCAGAACUCGUUCCAGGUGGCGAUCAUACAGGGCGCGACGGACACGUUCGUGCAGUUCCUGUACCCGGAGGAGGGCAUCAGCUGGAUCCAGGGUGAUACCGGCGAUAGUGGCCUGCCGGAUGUGCGUGCGCAGGCCGGCUUUGCCGCGGAAGAUGAUCGUACGUUUAUGCUGCCCGGUUCCGGUACUGAUAAUGUACGCCAUUUAACGAUUUCGUCCAACAUUAAUCAACCGGGCGUGUGGUUGUAUCACGUUGGACCGCUCGCACCGGAGGGGAAUGUGGAGCAGCCGGACCGCCAGCACGCCGAACCGAGUGAACCGCGCAGCUGCGCUGAUGGUGGCCGGUACAAGUGCCAUUCGGCGGCAUCCUGUGUCAACAGCAACUGGGGCUUCUGCUGUCAGUGUAAGUCCGGCUACUACGGAAAUGGAUUCAGUUGCGUGAAGAGUGACAUUCCACUGCGGGUCGCUGGUAAGGUGCUGGGCAAUGUGAACGGUGAGCCUCUCGACACUCAGCUCCAAUCGUACGUUGUAAUGGUGGAUGGGCGUACGUACACUGCGAUCAGUCCGCUCGAGGAGCAGCUCGGCACUGAUCUGCAGCUAACGCAAAUUCUCGGUGGUACGAUCGCGUGGCUUUUCGCCAAGCCUCUUGGAAAUUCCAUGAACGGUUACCAGCUGACAGGUGGCAAGUUCAACCACACCAGCACACUGCAGUUCGAGACGGGCGAGUCGUUCUACAUCACCCAACAGUACACGGGGCUGAACGUGUGGGAUCAACUCGCACUGGAUGUGCAUCUGUCCGGCCAGCUACCUUCCAUUCCGGCCCUUGAGAAGCUCCAUCUGGAUGACUAUUCGGUCGCAUUCCGUCGUUCCGGUAAGGACCGGCUGCAAGCCGUCAGUGCGCACAGCUUCCGGGUUGAGUCGCAGGCACGCAACGUUAGCUACACACUGUACCAGGACAUUACGUACGAGGGAUGCUCGGGCAAUGAGGACACCAUUGCCGGGAAGGAUGAAUCGAUGCUGAAGAUUACGCGCAUCAAUCUGGGGUACGAACCGAGGGAGCGAGCCGUCCGGAUGGGCAUGCUGUCGAAGAUGGUGAUCGGCGAUCAGUUUAACCCGUGCGAUGAGGCCAACUGUGGGGAUAAUACGGUGUGCGUGCCGAAGCCUGACGACACAUUCGAUUGUAACUGCAAGAACGGGUUCACCUACAUCCCGUACGGUACGAGCGAUCGCAUCAACUGUGUGGACAUUGACGAGUGCUCGGGCGUUAACAUCUGUGACGAAAAUGCGCAGUGCUACAACGAACCGGGCGGCUACAGUUGCCGCUGCAAUCCGGGCUACGAGGGCAAUGGGUACGUGUGUGACAAAGUAGUACCGGGUGGAUACAGCCAACCGACCUCUUCGUCGUACACGGUGUCGACGCCUGCAAGCUACGGUGGGCACAGCUACAAUGAGGUGGACAGUGAUCCGACCCAGGAAGAGCCGGAACAGUGUGAGCGCUGUGCCGAGUUUGCCGACUGUGUCGAGGGUCAGUGCCAGUGCCGAUCGGGGUACGAUGGCGAUGGUGUCAGCUACUGUCAGUCACUGUGCGAUCCGGAAAGCGUCUGGAACGGGGAGGAGUGCGUGAAGGAGACGUACGUUGAAGAAGAGGGAAUUGAACCGUUCUGCACGAUACUGGGCUGCACGUGCCCCACCGGCUACACGCUGAUCGAGUACGCGUUCAACCAGAUCUGCCGGCGUGUUGAGCUCGACCCGGAGGAGGUCCCCCAGGAAGGUAUGCCGCCCUGCGACGUGGAGAACAACUGUAGCCCGCACGCAAACUGUGAGUGGCGUGACAGCUCGUACCGGCAUGAAUGUAUCUGCAAUCCAGGCUACGAUGGUAAUGGGUAUACGUGCGUCGAGAAGGAAGUGUCCUGUCUGGAUGAUGAGGAGAUCUGUGACAUCCAUGCGUCCUGCACGUACAUGCUGAAUCGGAAGUCGGUGUGUGUCUGCAACAAGGGCUACGAGGGCGAUGGUCGUACGUGCCAUCUCGCGCCGGAGUGUGCGGUCGAUGAUGAUUGUGGCAUGAACUCGGAGUGCCAGCAGGGUGUGUGCGUGUGUCAGGAAGGGUACGAGCGGGAUCUGUCCGACUUUUGUGUGCGGGCUGGUUCGUGCGGUGGUGCGUACUGUGCGGAGAAUGCGGUUUGCGUGAUCGAUCCGGUGCAGAAAAUACCGUACUGCCACUGUCCCCAGGGUUUCGUUGGGGACGGGGUGUCGCAGUGCCGUUCCAUUCCACCGCCGUGCAAUGUGAGGAACAACUGCGGGCUGCAUGCUGCCUGUGUGCCGAGCUAUAGAGAUUCUUCCUCGUACGAGUGUAUGUGCAAUCAGGGCUUCUUUGGCGAUGGGUUCGUCUGCACACCGGAGCGUAACUGUGCCAAUAUCCCGAGCCUGUGCGAUCCGAACGCUCGCUGCGAGUCCACUACCAACGGCUACCAGUGCAUCUGUAACGAUGGCUUCAUCGGCAACGGGUCCGUCUGCAACACCGCCCACCGGCUGGACGAUGGCUUCCUGCUCAUCAGCCAGGGUGUGGCGAACAUACGCGUCCCGCUGAACGGUGGGCUCGGGUACCCCGUCACGAUGGCGUUCAUGUCGAUCGGGCUCGAUCGGGACUGUGCCGAGGGACGCAUCUACUGGAGCGACAUUGCGGCCCAGCAGAUCGUGAGCGCCAAGUACGAUGGUACCGAUCAGAAGCCGUUCAUCACGAAGGACAUCGUGUCGCCGGAGGGUGUGGCGGUCGAUUGGAUCUCGCGCCGGCUGUACUGGACCGAUUCGGCGAAGGAUACGAUCGAGGUGGCGAGCCUGGACAAUCCGGAGCAGAGGACGGUGCUGAUUUCGAAGUUUUUGGUCAAUCCGCGCGGUAUUGCGGUCGAUCCGCAUCAGACGAAGCUGUACUGGUCGGACUGGAAUCGGGAUGGGCCGAAGAUUGAGUGGUCGAAUUUGGACGGAACGGAGCGGGAGCAGCUGGUCGGUAGUCCGCAGGUAGCGCUGCCGAACAGCAUUCAGGUGUCGAUGGCAACUGGGGAGCUUUGUUACGCUGACGCGGGGACGAAGAAGGUUGAGUGUAUUGAUACGUACAGCAGACAGAUCCGCACGAUCGCCAGCAAUCUGACGUACCCGUUCGGGUUGGCCGUUACCGAUGAUUUGUUCUACUGGACGGAUUGGAUGACUAAAAAGAUCGAAAGCAUCAACCUGUACGGUGUGCGCCAGAAGCCGAUCAACUCGCCCGUGUUUGGCAACCACAAGAUGUACGGCAUGACGGCCGUCACCGACAAGUGCCCGCUGUUCCACAGCCCGUGCGUCAGCAACAAUGGUGACUGUCCGGAGGACAAGAUUUGUCUGAUCAAUCCGCGUGCCCCUUCCGGCCGUAGCUGCAAGUGUACGCGCAACUGCAACAAUGACGUCGUAUUAGACUACUAAGAAGAAUGUGUGUACUCUAGAGGGGGGACGGCUGUUGGUUUGUUUUUGUGCUUUUCUACUGUGGGCAACCUUUACAAACAGACAAACGGUCGUGUAAUGAGUGUUUUUUUGUACUUCCCCACUUUUCCCUUUUUCCUUCCUGAAAGCUGAAAGAAAAAAAGAAGCAAUUUAUCUUGACAUACAUUAGAAUUAGCACAGAGAGAGUGGAUGAUGAUGAUGAUGUCGAAGGUUGACGAUCGCAAUCGUGCGACGAAUGUAUGCGAAAUGGUUUGUAACGUUCGCUGCUUAAGCCGACAAUAAACUCUCUAUUACUUUAA